AUGGAAACUAGUGUUUAUGAUAAUCAGAUCUUCAAAGCUCUUGGCAAAUUUAAGUUAAUACGUAUAUGGCCGGAUUUAAAUGGAUGUUUGCAAACUCUUCUUGAUAUAUUUAGCCAAUAUCCCGAUAAAGAUUAUGUUUCUCACAAAUUACUUUUUGCAAAAACGCUUUCGCAAUGUUUAUCACCCGUUUUACCAGCUGGUAUACAAAAUAAAGCACUCGAUGUGUACUACAAAGCAUUUGAAAGAAUGGGCGCCGAAAAAUUAAAUCGUGACUUCUCAGUUUGGGCACCAGGACUAUUCCAAUUCUUCCAUAAUACAGGUGUUGCACAAAGAAUUCAAGCUUUAAAGCUAUUUACUGAUUUUUUUAUCCCUGCAUUGUCAUUAAAUUCGAAAAUUGGUCCUCCUUUGAUACAUGCUAUACUACCAGGCGUCAAUGAUGAUGGUACAGAAGUCAAAUCAACUACAAUAACGAUAUUAGAAUCAAUUCAAAAUAUUAUUGGAAAUACAAUCUAUUGGCAAGCAAUGUUUAAAUGCGCAUUAACAAGUUCAUCAGUACGAUAUUCAUUUUUCAUCAUUGUUUUACAAAAUAAUCCCGAAUCAAUAAUAAAAUUACUUUUUCCAGAGCUAAUUAAAGCCAUGUUCCUUGCAGUCUUCUUAGAUUCGAAUAUACUUGUUGUCAGAAGUGCUCUCGAGUUCUUCAACAACUCCUAUUCCUUAAUUGACAAAUCAAUAAAAUUUGAUUUAGCGGAAGGAUGCUUGUCUUUACUCAAAAUCGAUGACCAAUCAAUCAGUAGACGUGUAUUCAACUGGAUAAUUGCAUUUCCUGAUGAUGCAACAAGAGUUGUGUCAAAAAGUCCUUUAAUUACAAUAAUUACUAUGCUAAAGAAAGGUGGACAGCCGGAACAAAUUGUUCUCACCAAACUUUCGGACAUUGUUUCGCGUUCUGACGUCGAUAUCCAAGUUUUGUCAAAUUAUAUAAAUUCAUCAACAUUAAUUCGAGCUUCUUUUGAUCAUAUCGAUGCAUUACACACUAUAUUACCCAAUGUUAGUAUCGAAGUGAAGCUCCAACGCGAAAUAAUCCUGAAUUCUUUGAUGAAAUUAAAAGAAUCUCGAGAAAAUGAAGAAGCAAGGAAACUUUGUAACAUCUGUGAUAUAGUAAUCAAUGGUUUGAAGCAAAGCGAAGAUGAAGACCUGAUAAUAGCUGUUGUAGAACAUAUUUUCGACCAAUUUAAAGAUGACGAAAUUAUUUUGAGUUUUUCAACGAAAUUGUUGUCAUUUAUAGACAAAGAAAUCAAUUUCGAUUUGUUACUUUCAUCCAAGGAAAUCAGUUUUGUCUGCGUUCACGAGUUAUUAAGAAUGAGUGAGAAAAAUCUUUCAGCACUUUUAGAAAGUGACAAAAAAAUUAAUUUUUUAUUAAAAUUUUGUUGGGAUGAAUUGAAAAACAGAUAUACGAAGAUAUCUCCGGAGGAAAUCUCCGCAACACUGUUACAAAUGCAGAAGAGGUAUCCAUCUAAGUUCUCAGUUGUUUUAAACGAGUGUUGGGAUUUGAAUUCAAUUGUUUUGUUUAUUAAAAACAUCCCAGAAAUUCCAAUCUCAAUUUUAGUGUCACUUUUUCAAAGAAAAGAAGACAAUGACCAAAUAUUUUUAUUACGAGAAAUAGCAUGCAGAGGGGAAUUAUUACUUGGAAAUGCAAAAAAUGCUAUUAACGAUGACGAUAUGAAUUGGAGUAAAGUGGUCACUUCAUCUUUGACAAAAUUGAUACGAUAUGAUCCGAAAUUAUUUUUAGAAUCGAUUUCGGAGUCAUCGUUAGUCAGUUUCACGACAUUUCUUUUGUACAAGAAAGAAACUGAUGAUUUAAUUUUUGAAAUCUUACAAAAUUCAAUUUCUGUCACUUUUUUGAAUCAAGUCUCACCAAUUAUUUCUGGGUUUAUUUUAUCCAAUCCGAAAGAUGUUUCUAAGCACAAACUUUUAUUGGCACUUUCCAAGACGAAUUUGCCUCUUUCUCAACUAAUAAGUAUUAUUCCAGAAUAUCCUUUGUUACUCAGAAUAAUUGUGCCAAUAAUAGGUAACCAAAAACCAUCUGAUAUUCACUACAGACAGAUGGAAGACUUGGUAAUGAAAAUAAUUGAAAUUUCUCAUUUGAUUUGUUUAAGUGAUCCGCUUUUGUCAGAUUUUACAACCUUAAUUAUUUAUGUGACAAAAUUUGUCAGUCAAGAAGUUACUACUGCGAGAAAUAAUAACAAGAUAUCAGGUAUAAAGAAACUGUUAGCUAAUUACGAAGAAUUACCUGAAAAUGAUUGCAUUGCGUCUUUCAUUUUGCAGAAUUCUGUAUCUGAUCAAAAUUAUUCGAAAUUAAUUCCUUAUUAUUUGCCAAUAUUUUAUACAACGAUUUUGGAAAGGACAAAUGAAUUAAUAACACAGAAAUGUAUUCUCCAGAUGUUUAAGAAACUACAAGGUGUGUGGGAUCUAUACGUUUUUUACGCAAUAACCGUAGGAAAUAAUUUACAAGUAUUGAAAUUUGUUUCAUCAAUUUUGAGUUGUUUAAGUGACACAGAAAUUUUGUUGCAUCUCCAAAGUGUCAUCAAACUACACGCUAUACAGAUAGAUCAGCUAUCAAAUGAAAAGAUACACGCGUUCUUGAUUUGUUGCCUCAAUGCAAAUCGUUUGAUUUUCUCGCAAGAUGAAGCAAUUGAAAUAUUUUUGUCUGUUUUUUCAUCACUUCACUUUUCAUCAUUACAGACAUUUAAGUUCAUUACUGUUUAUUGUUUGACAUAUCCCUCAUCCAAUUUAAGUUUAUAUACAAAUGUUUUGUUGAAUGCAAUAAAUGAAGUCAAAAAUCCUGAAAUUUCAAACCAAAUUUUCGGUUUGUUGUCAGAUUUGACACCAAAUUUAUUGUGUAGUUUAUUCUCUACAGAAAAUAGUUUUCCACCGCAGUUAAUGAGAUUUUUGAUCCAAACUGCGAACAAAAAUUCAAUUUCUUAUUUAACUUUUAUUUCAAAAUUUUGCAGUUUAAGCUGCGAAGAAAAUGCUUGGGAAGAAUUAGUCUUUAGUUUAUUACUUGAUGUCAAUGUUUUCAUUAAUUCAGAUCGUGAAUAUAUCCUCGCUUUAAGCGAUACAAUCAACUCUAUUUCGAUGAAUGAUCGAGACAAAUUCACAUCAUUUUUCUUUGAAUUUUUCGGUAAUUUGCACUUAUGGAAACUUCCAAGAGAAAUUGCCAGUCUUAGGAUUGCUUUCAUCUUCUCAUUCGUUAUGUUUUCUUCGCCUUUUGAUAUUUUCGUUUUGAGGCAACAAAAUAUCAAUUCUUUGCUCACAAACAUGUUGAAUUUAGAGAAUUCUAAUUCAGUUCAAUUCUCUGUUUUUAGUUUGUUGAUGAGAGUUAUAUUUAUAAGGAAUUCAUCUCGAUUAAGUGAAGCUUUUUCUUCUAUUUUGAUUCACGAACUAGGAAAUGCGAUUCGUUCUAAUUUUGAAGAAGAAGAAAGUUAUAAAUUGUUGAAUUCUGCUAUGAUCAAUUUCACACAAAGUUUCCAAUUUGAAGAAUUUGUUUUCUUCCCUGAUUUGAUUUCUUUCCAUGGAAUCGAAGAAAUUAAACACCAAAAAUAUGAUGAUUCCACAAUUGAUAAUGAGUCAUGGCCAUUAAUUCCAGACUGUGACAAAGUAUUGAUUCAUUUAGAUUCACAACACAACAAAGACAAAGAAAAAGAAUUGACUGUUGAUGAUUUCAUUAAAUUUGUAUCUGACCACUUCUCACAAUAA